GCGGACCCAGCAUGGAGUGUCCCGGGUGUGGACACGUCUCCAGCGAGAAGGCACCCAAGUUCUGCAGUCAGUGUGGACAGAAGCUGCCCCUGGUGACCCCGGCACCCGAUCCUGAGAACAAGCCGGUGGUGGUGGCCGCUCCAGAGGAGGAGCUCGAGCCAGGGGAAGCUCUGAAGGAGGAAGAGGGUCCUCCUUUGUCCCUGGGCUCCAGUGAGUUGCAGGAAAACCCAGAGGAGUCCAUUACUGACGGAUCCUGGACCACCCAAAAAAGUAAAAGGAAGAAAAGGAAGAAAAAGAGCCAGAGCAUGACUUCCCCAGAGCCCGGUUCCUUGUCCACCACUCCUACCAGCCCUGGUAGUCUGAACUUGCCUUCAAACCCUGGACCACAGGACUCAGCCUUGGCCCAGAGCCAAGCCCAGCAUGGUGGUGCAACCGGCCAGUGCCUGGACACAGCGCUGACACUGUCCGAGGGGCCCGGCUCCCUUGAUGGUGGCGGCUGCUGCUUGCAGGGUCGGACUACAGGAGGUGGGGCUCAGAGCAGCCCUGCUCCCCACAGCCACGCAGAAGGAAAGGACGAUAGCACCUCCAAAGCCCUCGCAGACAGAGGCCUUUCCCAAGAGGAGUCCUCUGGCCCGAUCCCCUCUGUCUGUGAAGGCCACCUUAAGGCUACUGAGGCUGCCCAGAAGGACCCAUUGCCUGAAUCCACAGGGAACAAGUCUGAGUGCAGGGACCAAGCACCAAUGACUGCCAAGCCGCAGACAGGGGCCCCAGCCUCCAGGCCAAUUGAUGCCACAGCCAAGCCAGUGAAUCCAGCUCACGAGGCCAGGGGAAAACCCAAAGACGAGGCUCAGAAGCCGAAAGCAUCGCCUGUGUGUCCUGCUGCCUCCAAGGAGCUUGGCCAGGAAGCUGAGAACAAGGGCAAUUCAGCCGUCGCUGGGAAGACAAUGGGUGCAACUAAGACCGUGACGCCAGGAGACCAGAAGCACUCGGAAGGGAACGGCAGAAAUUAUGCAGCUGUUGUGAAAAACGAGAAGGAGCAGAGAAACCAGAAGGCUGCAACGCAGGUCACCUCCAGCACGCUGAGCCGAGAGGAUGGCGUCACCGUGUAUUUCCACGCGAUCAUCGACAAGGACUUUGACUACAACCCCGACGCGCACAGAGUGUUUGUCAGGGGGGGAGAGGCCCUCGGGAAGCCGGCCUGGACUGACGCUUGCCACAUGCACUACACCAAAGACCUGCACGAGAAUGGGUUUCUCAUCGAGGGCAGCAUGGUCAUUCCCAAGCAGAGCCUGGACAAAUCCAUCCCGUAUAAGUACACUAUUCACCGAGGCAGUGGCAAGGACAGUGUGGAGUAUGAGUUCAUCUACAAGUACCCGCAGAAGAAAGGCGAGCACGUGAACCGCUACCUGUGUGUCAGGUCGUCCCUCCUGGAAGGGGGAGACUGGCAUCAGUAUGAUGAUGUCUGCAUGAGACCUCCUACUAAGUUUCAAAGAACUAUGAGUCAUGUCUUUGACUUCAUGAAGAAGGACUUGGUGAAAGGGAAGAAGAUGGCGAACGAGGUCAUGCUAAAUCGCAUCCUAAGCAUCCUCCAGCCCUGGAACUCCAUGAACUUGAAGAGUUUUAUCACCCAGUUCCAGCAGUUUUACUCUGUGGUCCGAGUGCCUAUGAUCUAUGAAGGCCAACCGCAGAAGUGGUACAGUCUACAGUAUGAAGAGGAAGAGGUGAGGAAGCAUCUCUGGGAGCUUAUGAAGCAGCAGAUGGAGCCCUUCCUCAAAGGGAAGAGCGGGGAUACUCUGCCUGCCAGCUGCCCUGUGAGAAGUAAGCUGAGGAUGGGCCUGAUUGUCCUGUUCAUGGUGGAGGUAGUCCGCGUGAACUUACCUGAGAAUGACCUGACCUCACUGUGCUACCUCCUGACCCCGAGUGCCAGCUCACCACAUGCCCUUCACGAUGACCUGGGCCACAUCGUCAAACUUCACAGGUGGCCAGAGCACUUGAUACACCUGUGCCACAGGUGUGUGGAGGCAGGAGUCAUCCGCUGGCUGGGUGUCCUGCCUGUGCUGCACUACUGCAUGCAGCUGUCCCCACCUAAGAAGGACUCUGUGAGCCAGCGCGAGGACACCUGGGCGGGCCUCGAAGGGAUCUCCUUUGUGCAGUUCAGGGAACACGCUAUUGUUAAGAGCCAGGUAGCCCAGUUCCUGGAUCAAAAGAAAGCCUUGCUGCAUGUGGAUGAGUAUCUCUUCCGAUCCUGGUUCAGCCUUCUCCCUCUGGAAAGCUUGGUUUUGUACUUGGAAAACUGCAUGGAGUACUUGAGUCUCGUGCCUGCUCGAGUCUUAGACUGUGUUCUGGGGAUUUCGUACCGGCUGAAAGGACUGAGGAAUAUCUCCUACAUGAACAGCCAGGAUGUCGAAGGAGUCCUCAAAAUGCUCUCGUACCUUGUGGACGUGUACAAGGACAGGAUUCUUGGGGAGACCUCAUUACAGACCUACUUGAGAGAGUGUUUGAAUCUCCAUGACACUGUCUGCAAAAUCACCACUGAAAUGAAGUACUACGAGGCGCCUGCCCUGUCUGCUGAGGUUAUCUGUGGGAUGAUGAGACUUAAGCCUCCAGGGGAUGCCGCAGAGGAGCCAGGAGCUGAAGCUAGGAAGGACCAGAUGACAAGCAUUCUCCAGGGGGCCCUGGCCACCACGCGAGGAUGGCUCCGCCUCGUAUUUAAAAAGAGCAUGCUCCGGACAUCCACAACCUUUGUGGGGCACACCACUGUGGGGCCCACGUACUCCGAGGAGAUCAAAGUGUGGCGUCGACUGGUGGAAAUCAACUUCCCUGGAGAGUACGGCUGGAAGAAGCCGCUGCUGGGAGACAUGGAAGGGAGGCUCAAGCAGGAGCCUCCGCUCACACAGAUCUUCGCCUUCUGCAGUAGUCACUGGGGUGACUCUGGCCUGGAUGACAGCGUGGCCAGGAUCUUUGAGAAGUGUGUCAUCGAAGCUGUGAGCACAGCCUGCCAGUCUCAGACCAGUAUCCUUGAAGGGCUCUCGUGUCACGAUUUACGGCGCUUUGGCACCCUCCUGUCUGCAGUGAUCACCAAGUCCUGGCCCAGGGUCAGCGGGGAGGCGGUGGUGGACAUGGAUGACAUUUUAAAAUACCUGCUUACAUGGCCAGAUGUGAAGCAACUCUUCAAAUUGUGUGGAACAAACGAGAAAAUCUUAGCCAACAUUACGGAGGAAGGCAGGAAGCUGAUGGCCACUGCCAAGUCCGUCUUCACCAAGACUGCACAUGACCUCGUGCAGGGCACCAUCUUGAUCGGACAGCUGGAGCUGAUCCUGCAGCACACCAGUCAGUUUUUGGACAUCUGGAGCUUAAACAGAGAAAGUCUUUUGUCCCAAGAGAACACAUGUGAUGUGAAGAAAGUGUUGGACGAGAGAAAGGAAGAUCUGCAAUUCCUCAACACAGAGCAGAGAUUCGUGCAGAGCCUCCUGGGGCUGUGUGCGAAGGUCAAACACCACGUACAGGUGGAUGUUGGAGAGAUAGAGGCCAUCCACUCAGAGGAGCUCUCGGGCAAGAGGCUGGACGAAGCCGUGAUGAAGCUCUCCGACUCCUCACCCUGCAGGAGAAGGACGCAUUACUGCCUGAGCCAGCAGGUCCGAGAAAUGGCCAGCACCAUACACUUGCUGAAAGACAGCCACAUCUUCCAGAUCUUCUGGGAAGAGGCUGCGGAGCAUGCUAAAGAGUCGAGACUUGAGCUUCAAGAUGCCUUUGAGUGCCUGUUCCAGCCUUCCUACAAAAAGUUCUUGAAACUGUACGAGAAUUUGAAAUCUGGAAAGAUCACCUUUGCUGAAGUUGAUGACCUCUUCAGGGACUUUGUAGAUAAAUACGGUGACCUGACUUCUGAGCUCCACAUCAUAUGUUCUGUGGACAUCCAGACGGAGAAGAGUUGGAUCCCAGAGCGUGUCUGGCAGAUCAAAGAAUACCAUAGCCUGCACCAGGCUGGCAGCUCAGCCAAGGUCAUCUUGCAAGUCCGGAGCACUUUGGGCAUAACCGGUGACUUCAAGGUUCUUGACAAGUUACUAAACCUUACAGAUGCCUUAGAGAACUGUCACCACAAGAAACUGGACCAGAUCAGUUUACAUCUCGUCAAGGCCAAGAAGCUGCUCGAAGACAUCAGCGAGCCCCGCCACCACUGCCUGAAGGAGCUGGCCCGGCAGAGAGAGUUCGUUGGCUGGCUCCGGGAGUCACUGGGAGACAUCAAUGAACUCAAGGUGUUUGUGGAUCUGGCCUCCAUCUCAGCGGGGGAGAAUGACAUCGACGUGGACCGGGUCGCCUGCUUCCACGACGCCGUGCAGGGUUACGCGUCCCUGCUGUACAAGCUGGACACGUGUGCGGGUUUCAGCGAGUUCAUGGAGCAUCUGCAAGAGCUCUGGAAGGCUCUGGACAAUGACCCAGACCUGCCCAGUAAGCUGAAAGAUUCUGCCAGGAACUUGGAGUGGCUGAAAACAGUGAAGGAAAGCCAUGGGUCUGUGGAGCUCUCUUCCCUGUCCCUGGCCACAGCAAUUAAUAACAGGGGCAUCUAUGUGAUCAAGGCACCCAAUGCUGGCCAGAAGGUUUCCCCAGACAGCGUUCUGCACUUGAUCCUCCCCGAGGAACUUGGCGGCCAGGAGGCCUUUCGCAACUACUCGGCGGAAGACCUGAAGGACCUUUUGAACAAGCUGAUGCUCAUGUCUGGCAAGAAAGACCACAGCAAUGUGGAAGUGGAGAAGUUUUCUGAGGUGUUCUGUAGCGUGCAGCGGCUCGUGCAGGCCUUCAUCAGCCUGCACUGUGCCGGCAACAUGCUGUUCAGGUCCUGGACCACCGAGGUCUACUGCUGCCCCAGGUGGAGCAUCUCCAUCCGCAUGGACUUUGGCUUGGAGCUGGUGAGCCAGCUGACAGGAGGUGGGGACGUCAUCCAGCUCCUGGGAGACGUCUGCAAGCAAAUGGAGCACUUUCUGGAUCAGUGGAAGGAAGUCGUGGCGCAGAAGCGAGCCGAGCACUUUUACCUCAACUUCUACUCGGCUGAGCAGCUGGUCUACCUAAGCAAAGAGCUCACACGGCUGAACCCCAGCCAGGCUGCCCUGACCAUGCUGUCCUUCAUCAAAGGCCACUGCAGCCCGCGAGAUGUCUCUGAGGCCACCAGGCUGUAUGACAGCAAGGCUGACAGCCACCACGUGAGGAAAGCAAGAGAGCUGGCAAAGCUGAUCCCUUCCAAGACCAGCAUGGUGAGCAAGCUGCAAGAGCUCAUGGAGCUGUCCAUGGUUUGUGUGAGUGCCCUCCUGCCAGGCUGCCUGGACCUGGAUGCCCUGGGCCACUGCCUGGCCCAUCUAGCUCAGCUGGGCGGGCCUCCCGUGGAGCGGCCUCUCCCCAGGGGCCUGCAGGUUGGCCAGCCUAACUUGGUCUUGUGUGGACACUCUGAGGUGCUGCCAGCCACCCUGGCCAUCUACCUGCAGGCGCCACACCAACCCCUGCCCUCCUUUGACGAGGUGCUACUCUGCACCCCAGAAACCACAUUUGAAGAGGUGGCACUGCUCCUGCACCGCUGUCUCACGCCGGGCUCACGGGACCGCAAGGUCUACAGCCUGCUGUUCGCAGACCAGCUGAGCUAUGAAGUGGGCUACCAGGCCGAAAAGCUCUUCCAGAACCUGUGCACGCAGCACCACCGUGAGGACUACCAGCUGGUGAUCGUCUGUGACGCAGCCCGAGAGCACUGCUACCUUCCCUCCACCUUCAGCCAGCACAAAGCCUUACUGGUCCCUCAGGCCCCCCUCCCAGUGCUCCAGGACUACCUGGAGCACCAUUACAAGGUCCCAGAGCAGACUCUAUCUGCAGCAGCCGUGUUCCGAGACCGGAUGUGUGUUGGGGUUGUGACCUCAGAAAGAGCUGGUGUUGGAAGGUCUCUGUACAUCAGUAGAUUGCACGACAAACUGAAAAUGAAGUUACGUGAUGGAAACGUGCCUUUAAAAAUUAUUCGGUUAACGGACCCCCGGGUGGAUGAGAAUCAAGUCCUGAGCUCCCUCCUGCCUUUCUUGGAGAAGAAGUAUCAGAAAAUGCCCAUGAUAUUCCACAUUGACGUGACCACUUCUGUACAAACUGGAAUUGGGGUCUUUCUUUUCAAACUCCUCAUUUUGCAAUAUCUCAUGGAUAUAAAUGGGAAAAUGUGGCUUCGGAACCCAUGUCAUUUAUAUGUGGUUGAAAUCUCACAAGGGAAUUCAGUACAGCCGAAGAGUUCUUCCAAACUGAAUGCACGUGCAUCCCAGUUCAAUUUCCUCGACAUCUUCCCCAAAGUCACCUGCAGAGCUCCCAAGGAGGUGAUAAACAUGGAGCUGACUCCGGACCAAAGCCACAGAGAGCCUGGGAUGGACCUGAUAGAGUUCUGCAGUGAGACUUUCCAAAGACCUUACCAAUAUUUAAGGCGGUUCCAUCAAAAACAAAACCUGGAUACAUUCCACUAUCAAAAAGGCUCUGUGGAAGGUUCUCCAGAAGAGUGCCUGCAACACUUCCUGAUUUACUGUGGCCUGGUAAACCCCUCGUGGUCAGAGCUCCGGAACUUCGCUCAGUUCCUCAACUGUCAGCUCAAGGACUGUGAGGCCUCCAUCUUCUGCAAUGCAGCCUUCACCGAAGACACACUGAGGGGCUUCAAGAACUUUGUGGUCACCUUCAUGAUCCUGAUGGCAAGAGAUUUCGCCACACCAACUCUCCACACCUCAGACCAAAGCCCAGGUAAGCACCUGGUCACCAUGGACGGAGUUGCUGAGGAAGACCUAGCUCCCUUCUCGCUCCGAAAGAGGUGGGAGUCAGAGCCCCACCCGUACAUUUUCUUCAAUGGUGACCACAUGACUAUGACGUUCAUAGGCUUCCACCUGAGGUCCAAUAGCAACGGCUACAUUGAUGCCAUAAACCACUUGAACGGGAAGGUCAUCAAGAAAGACAUCAUGACGAUGGAGCUGUACGAGGGGCUGAAGCUUCAGAAAGUACCCUUCAAUAUUGACUUUGACAACCUGCCCAGACAUGAGAAAAUUGAAAGGCUGUGCCUGGCACUAGGGAUCCAGUGGCCCAGUGACCCUGAUGAGACGUAUGAACUGACAACAGACAAUAUGCUCAAGAUUCUGGCCAUCGAGAUGCGCUUCCGAUGUGGGAUUCCAGUGAUCAUCAUGGGGGAAACUGGCUGUGGGAAAACCAGGCUCAUUAAGUACCUCAGUGACCUGCGGCGUGGUGGCCUCGAGGCAGAAACCAUGAAGCUGGUGAAGGUCCACGGAGGGACAACCGCCCCCAUGAUCCACUCCAAGGUCAGGGAGGCUCAGAGCACUGCCUUCUUCAACAAGGUCCAACACAAGCUGGACACCAUCUUGUUCUUUGAUGAAGCGAACACUACAGAAGCCAUCAGCUGUAUCAAAGAGGUCUUAUGUGACCAGACAGUGGACGGCGAGCACCUGAAAAAGGACUCUGGCUUGCAUAUCAUUGCUGCCUGCAACCCUUAUCGGAAACACUCCCAGGAGAUGAUCCUCCGGCUGGAGUCCGCCGGUCUGGGAUACAGAGUCAGUGCAGAGGAGACUGCAGAGAGGCUGGGCUCCAUCCCCCUGCGGCAGCUGGUGUACCGCGUCCACGCUCUGCCCCCGAGCCUCGUUCCUCUGGUGUGGGACUUUGGACAACUGAAUGACACUGCAGAAAGGCUCUACAUCCAUCAAAUUGUCCAGAGGCUGGUGGACUCCAUCUGGGCAGUUGAAAGCAACAUUCCUGUGAUCACAAGUGUACUCUCCACCUCUCAGAGGUUCAUGAGGCACAGAAAGAAUGAGUGUGGUUUUGUCAGCCUCCGGGACGUAGAGCGCUGUGUGAAAGUGUUCAGAUGGUUUCACGACCACAGCCAAAUGCUCUUAGACCAGCUGAAUGACUGUCUCCUCGAGUCCAGACUCAGCAAACAUAGCUUUGAGAGGAACCCUGUUCUCUGGUCCCUGGUCAUGGCCAUUGGGGUGUGCUACCAUGCCUCUUUAGAAGAGAAGGAGCUCUACCGCAUGGCCAUCAGCUCCUGCUUUCCAGAGCCGUACAAUGACAGCAGGGUGAUUCUGGAGGAGAUCAGCCGAGUGCAGGAUCUUUUUCUGCGUGGGGCGCCUGUGAGGACAAACAUAGCGAGGAACUUGGCCCUGAAGGAGAAUGUCUUCAUGAUGGUCGUCUGCAUUGAGCUCAAGAUCCCCCUCUUCCUGGUGGGGAAGCCUGGCAGCUCCAAAUCCCUUGCCAAGAUUAUUGUGGCGGAUGCCAUGCAGGGCCAGGCUGCCUCCUCAGACCUCUUCCGCUGCCUAAAACAGGUCCACCUGGUGUCAUUCCAGUGCAGUCCCCACUCCACGCCCCAGGGCAUCAUAGGCACCUUUAGGCAGUGUGCCCGCUUCCAGCAGGGGAAGGACCUGCAGCAGUAUGUCUCUGUGGUGGUGCUGGAUGAGGUUGGGCUGGCAGAAGACUCGCCCAAAAUGCCCCUGAAGGCUCUGCACCCCCUGCUGGAAGAUGGGUGCAUUGAAGACGAUCCUGCCCCACACAAACAAGUUGGCUUCAUUGGCAUUUCUAACUGGGCCCUGGAUCCUGCCAAGAUGAACCGGGGCAUUUUUGUGUCGCGUGGCAGUCCCAAUGAGAAAGAGCUCAUAGAGAGUGCUGAGGGCAUCUGUUCUUCGGAUAGGCUGGUUCAGGACAGAAUCCGGGGGUACUUUGAGCCCUUUGCCAAGGCCUACAGAAAAGUGUGUGGGACUCAGGACAAGGAAUUUUUUGGGCUUCGUGACUAUUAUAGCCUCAUCAAGAUGGUCUUUGCCAAAGCCAGAGCUUCUAAUCGAGAGCCUUCCCCAAAAGACAUUGCUCACUCUGUCCUUAGGAACUUCAGCGGGAAGGACGACAUCCAGGCUCUAGACAUUUUCACAGCCAGUUUGCCCAAGGCCAGGUACGCGGAGGACGUCAGCACAGUGGAGCUGAUCAAACAGAACAUUCACGGAGGUCUGCACAGGGCGUCGGGCAGGGGGCUGGAUGAGGCUGAGUCCCGCUACUUGCUCGUGCUGACCAGGAACUACGUGGCCCUGCAGAUCCUGCAGCAGACGUUCUUCACUGAGGACCAGCAACCCGAGAUCAUUUUUGGCUCCAGCUUUCCCCAGGACCAGGAGUACACGCAGAUCUGCAGGAACAUCAACCGGGUGAAGGUCUGCAUGGAGACCGGCAAGAUGGUGGUGCUGCUGAACCUGCAGAACUUGUACGAGAGCCUGUAUGAUGCCCUCAACCAGUACUACGUCUACCUCGGGGGCCAGAAAUACGUGGACCUCGGCCUGGGUACCCAUCGGGUCAAGUGUCGGGUCCACGCAGACUUCCGCCUGAUCGUCAUCGAAGAGAAAGACGUGGUAUACAAGCAGUUCCCGGUGCCCCUCAUCAACCGGCUAGAGAAGCACUACCUGGACAUCAACACCGUGCUGGAAGGCUGGCAGAAGAACAUCGUGCGUGAGCUGGAGCAGUGGGCGGGCAAGUUUGUGGACGUGAAAGCAGACCAGUUUCUUGCCAGGCAUAAGUACAGCCCUGCAGAUGUCUUCAUUGGCUACCACUCGGAUGCCUGCGCCUCCGUGGUGCUGCAGGCUGUGGAGAGGCAGGGCUCGGGGGACCUGACAGAGGAGCGGUACCUCAAGGUGUCGGAGGAGGCCAAGCUCAUCUUGCUGAACUGCGCCACUCCCGAUGCCGUGGUCCGGCUGAGCGGCUCCUCUUUGGGCCAGUUCGCCGCGCAGUCGCUGUCACAGGAGUACUACUACACACAGCAGCACAGCUCCUUCGCAGACUUCCUCCAGGCCCACCUGCGCGGGACCGGCCCGGGGCGCCACACCAGCUUCACAGAGGUCACGACUUUCUCCAGACUGCUGACCAGUCAUGACUGUGAAGUCUUAGAAGCAGAGGUGAAGGGAUUGGCCAGAAGGCCCAUGCUCCUGUCGCUGCAGCAGUUUGACACCGAGUACUCCUUCCUCAAGGAAGUCCGAACCUGCUUGACAAACAGUGACGGCUGUAAAAUCCUCGUCAUCCAGUCGGACUUUGACGAUGGCGUCCACAGCGCUCAGCUCAUCGCCUCUGCCAAGUAUUCUGCCAUCAAUGAAAUCAACAAGAUACAAGGGUCAAAGGAUUGUGUCUUCGUCUAUUUCAUCAUAAAACUGUCCAGGAUGGGAAGUGGAGCGUCGUACGUGGGGUUCCAUGGAGGGCUGUGGCAGUCUGUGCACAUCGAUGACCUCCGCAGGUCCGCAGUCAUGGCCUCAGAUGUGACGAAGCUGCAGACUGUCACCAUCAGCCAGCUGUUCCAGCCAGCAGACAGAUCUGAGUCUGAAGGCAACCAGGAGGAAGAGAUGGAGACGGAGAGCAGCAAGUCAGAGGAAGGGGGAGAAGUAGAGAUGGAGGUGCCCGGUCCAGAGAGGGUGGAGAGUGCCGCCUCUGACCCAGGAGGUGACCAUUGGGCAGAGGUCCUGGACACCACCAGACUGCUGCGGAGCUGUGUGCAGAGUGCCGUGGGGAUGCUCAGAGACCAGAAUGAGAGCUGUGCGCGCAACAUGAGGAGAGUCACCAUUCUUCUUGGCCUCUUAAAUGAAGACAGUGCACUCAAUGUUGCUUUCUUGCGGGUGUCCAAGAUGCGCCUCCAUGGUCUUCUGAAGAAGCAGGAAGAGAACCAGGUUUGCAGUAUGAAGGAGUGGGUUACCAGGGAGGCUGCAAAUCAAGACGCCCUCCAGGAGGCGGGCACCUUCAGGCAUACUCUUUGGAAGCGGGUGCAAGGUGCAGUCACCCCACUCCUGGCCAGCAUGGUUUCGCACAUGGACAGAGAUGGCAACCUGGAGCUCCUGGUGCAGUCAGACUCGCCAGCCUGGGCCCGGGAUCUGUGGAUGUUUCUCUUCAGUGACAUCAAGUUUCUGAGCAUUCCUCUGAUGAACGUGAGGCCUAAAAGCGAGAUGUCCUCCAUCAUGGUGCCAAGCCACAUGAACCUGCUGGAGGACGCACGCAACGCCAUCCCAUUCAGCUGGAGAAUCAAGGACUACCUGGAGGAGCUCUGGAUCCAGGCUCAGUAUAUCACGGACACCGCAGGGCCCUCGAAGAAGCUGGUGGAGAUCUUCCAGAGGACUCCCCUGGGCAGGUUUCUUGCCCAGCUCCCUGUGGCACAGCAGCAGGAAGUCCUGCAGUGCUACUCCAAGGACUUCCUGCUCUUGACCUUGAGAGUGUCCUCGUGGGAGGAAUUAAAGUUUCUACAGAUGGCCUUGUGGUCCUGCCUCAAUGAGCUGCGAGUGGCAUCAGACCUGCCUGAGGAAGGGCUCUCCUUGCCUUGGGUGCACCUCGCCUACCAGCAUUUCAGGAUUCGGCUCCAGAACUUCUCCAGAAUCUUGGCCAUCCACCCCCCAGUGCUGCACAGCCUCACCGAAGCUGCCCAGAAGCACAACUUGGCUGGGUGUGAAAUGACACUGGACGCAUUUGCAGCAAUGGCCUGUGCUGAAAUGCUGACGAGAGAUACCUUGAAGCCGAGUCCCCAGGCCUGGUUACAGCUGGUGAAGAAUCUGUCCACGCCGCUGGAGCUCAUCUGUUCGGAUGGGUACUCGCGAGACAGUGGAAAUGUGACCAAAACUGUCAUCCUGGAGGUCAGAGCCCAGUGGAACCGCAUUUUCUCCAUUGCACUGUUUGUGGAGCAUGUGCUCCUCGAGACUGAGAGCCAGGUUCCCGAGCUGUGUCAGCUGGUGACCAAAUAUGUCUUCUCACUGGACAAGUGUCUUGAAAAAGACUCUGAUAUGAAGACCUACAGACCCUUUGCAGCCGUAAUGACCACUCUCUGUGAAUGCAAGGAGAAAGUCAGCAUGACCUUCACCAGGUUUGGUAUUCAGCCGUGUCCCAUCUGCCUGGCAGACGCCUGGGAUCCCGUGGCUCUGCCCUGUGAUCAUGUGUUCUGCCUGCCGUGCAUCAGGGCCUGGCUCACCCCAGGACAGAUGUUGUGCCCCUUGUGUUUAACUUCCUUACCGGAUGGGUUCUCACCGACCAUUUCUCAGAAACACAGAAAAGCCGUUGAGAAGCACGCCCGGUUCCGGCAGAUGUGCGACAGCUUCUUCGUGGACUUGGUCUCCAGCAUGUGCUUCAGAGAUGACAGCCCUCCUGGGAAGAGCGUGAUUGACAGCCUGCUGUCCUUACUGUUCGUAGAGAAGGCGCUGCUGAGAGAGUCUUCCCAGAGACGACGCGAGCACACCAAGUCUCUGUCCCCGUUCAGCGACGUCGUGGACAAGACCCCCGUCAUCCGCUCGGUGGUACUGAAGCUGCUCCUGAAGUACAGCUUCCAUGAAGUAAAAGAUUACAUCCAGCACUACCUGACCCAGCUAGAGAACAAAGCAUUCCUCGUGGAGGACAAAACUGAACUCUACAUGCUCGUUAUCAACUGCCUGGAGGACUCGGCACAUGAGAAGAUGAGCGCUUGCUGCACAAGCAGUGAGCAGAGCUGCCUGAGAGAGGAAGCCCACUUCCUCAGGACAUACUCCCCAGAGAGGUGCGGCCAGAAGCCCGCCACCGCCGCCUCAGUGGAAUACCUACAGAAGGUGGCCAGGGUCCGCCUCUGCCUCGACCUGGCGGCCGACUUCCUCUCAGAGCUUCAGGAAGGCUCAGAGCUGGCCGAGGACAAGCGGAACUUCCUGGAGCACGUAGAGCAGUUCUGCAGCCGGGUCAAGAAUGAUUGGCACCGGGUGUAUCUGGUGAGGAAGCUAUCGAGCCAGCUCGGGCUGGAGUUCGUGCAGAGCUUCUCCAGACAGGGCCAUCCGUGCCAGUGGAUCUUCCCCAGGGAUGUCCUAGUGCAACAGAAGAACCAUGCAGGCCAGAUGGACCGCUACCUGGUGCAUGGUGAGGAGUACAAAGCUGUUCGUGACGCGAUGGGCAAAGCCGUGCUCGAGUGCAAGAUGUUGGAUGUGGAGACGGCUGCAACGGCCUGUAGGAGUCCCAAAGCCCAGCAGGCGACCUACUUACUGCUGGCUCUGUACAGAGAGGUGGCUGCUCUGCACCGCUCUCCCAAUGCCAGUCUCCAUCUAAAGCCAGAGCAAUGCAAGGCUGUGAACAGAUUCAUAGAGGAAAGCAAGAUCCUUUCUGCUCCCGAUAUCAGACACUUCGCAAAAUCCCUGGUGGCUAAUACUCUCUCCCUGCUGAGGAUGAGCCCUGGUGUCAGAAGCCUCGAAGGACCAGUGACAGAAAUGGCCGUCCAUGCUGCAGCCGUCCUCCUGUGUGGACAACACAAAGUCUUGGAACCCCUGAGGAACUUGGCCUUCUUCCCAGCCAGGAUGGCGAAUGCUUUUCUUCCAACAAUGCCUGAAGACCUGUUGGUUCAAGCCAGGACGUGGGAAGGCCUAGAAGGUGUCUUCUGGUACACUUGUCCCAAUGGUCAUCCGUGCUCUGUAGGAGAGUGUGGCAAGCCGAUGGAGCACAGCUUCUGCGUGGACUGCGGCGCGCAGAUCGGAGGCUCCAAUCACACGCCCCACCGCGGCUUUCGUGCUAUCAAAAACAAUGAGGACAGAACUCAGACUGGCCACAUGUUGGGCAAACCACAGCCCAGAGGUGUAGCCAUGGCGUCCGACCGAGGACUGUCCCCAGUUGUCUUCAUUCUCACUCGAUUACUCACUCAUGUGGCGAUGCUUCUGGGAGCCACCCAAAGCCCCCAGGACCUGAUAAACAUCAUUAAGCCUCCAGUGCAGGACCCACAAGGGUUCCUGCAGCAGCACAUCCACAGAGACCUGGAGCAGCUCACCACGACUCUGGGCAGGAGUGCUGAUGAAACCAUCCACGUGGUGCACCUGGUCCUGCGAAGGCUUCUCAGGGAGCAAGACCACGCCUCUAACCAGGGAGUGUUAAAUUUCAAUGCAGAAUUGUCAACCAAAGGACACAGAAACAACUGGGAGAAACAUGUAGAUGUUCUUCUUUCAUCUGAACUGAAGGAUCUUGACAAGACCCUGCCAAACAUAAAUGCCCUCAUCAGCCAAGAUGAGCGCAUCAGCUCCAACCCCGUGGCCAAAAUCAUCUAUGGGGAUCCGGCAACCUUCCUGCCCCACCUGCCCCAGAGAAGUGUGGUCCACUGCUCGAAGGUCUGGAGCUGCAGAAAGAAGGUCACAGUGGAGUACCUCCAGCACAUCGUGGAGCAGAGCAAUGGCCAGGAAACCGUGCCCGUCCUCUGGCGGUUCCUCCAGAAGGAAGCAGAACUGAGGCUGGUGAAAUUCCUGCCUGAAAUUUUGGCUCUGCAAAGGGAUCUAGUGAAAAGAUUCCAGAACGUUUCAGACGUGGAAUACCAUUCCAUCAGAGGCUUUAUUAGCAGUCACAGCUCAGCUGGGCUGAGGCAGUUGUUUCUUGACCGGAUCACUAUCUUCCUGUCUACGUGGAACGCAUUGAGGCGGUCACUGGAGACCAGUGGUGAGAUCAAGCUACACCAGAACUACUGCCGCUCUGAUUUGGAUCUGGACACUGACUUCGAGGUCAUCCUACCACGUCGACGGGGGCUGGGCCUCUGUUCAACUGCUUUGGUCAGCUACUUGAUAAGCCUUCACAACGAAAUGGUCUCCACGGUGGAAAAGUUCUUCAAGGAAAACAACAGCUACUCUGUAGAUGCCUCCGAGGUGACCGACCUGCACGUCAUCAGCUACGAGGUGGAGCAGGACCUGAUUCCACUGAUUCUCUCCAACUGCCAGUACCAAGUGCAGCAGGGCGGGGAGACCUCGCAGGAGUUUGACCUGGAGAAGAUCCAGAGGCAGAUCAGCGGCCGCUUCCUCCAGGGCAAGCCCAGGCUGACCCCCAAGGGACUACCCACGCUGGUAUACAGACAUGACUGGAACUACGAGCAUCUCUUUAUGGACAUCAAGAGCAAAAUGAAACAGAACCCACUCCCCAACUCGGUCGUGAAUGCUAUCAGUGGACAGCUACAGUCCUAUAGUGAUGCCUGUGAAGCCCUGUCUCUCAUAGAAGUCACCCUAGGCUUCCUGGGCACAGCUGGUGGGGAUCCCAGCAUGGGACUGAAUGCAUACAUCCAAGAUGUCCUGCAGAUGGGUGACCAGACAACUCUGGUUUUAAAGGCCUUAAGCAGAUGUCAGUUAAGACACGCCAUUGCCCUCUGGCAGUUCCUAUCUGCACACAAGUCUGAACAGCUGCUGCGGCUGAAGAAAGAGCCGUUUCGGGAAGUCAGUGUGAACUACAAGGAAGGCCUCAGCUCACAGCACACCAGGCUCCUGAACACGUUCCUGAAUCAGGCAGGCCUAGACGCUUUCCUCCUGGAGCUUCACGAGAUGAUUGUGCUGAAACUCAGAAGACCCCAGCCCCAGGACAGCUUCAACCCCACGUGGAGCCUCAGGGACACUCUGGUAAGUUACAUGGAGACUAAAGAGAGUGAUGUUCUUCUCGAAGUGGAAUCCCAGUUCCCAGAAGAGAUACUUAUGUCCAGCUGCAUCACAGUGUGGGAAGCAGCUGCCAAACGGAAACAGGACCGGCAAGCGAGGUAGAGCAGCUCUGGCUUCGGACACGACGGAAAAGUCCAGUCCUACGGUCUCCCCGUAGAAGUCCCAGUGUGGCCUGUGUCCUUUGUGCAUGGCCAGAGGGAAAAGUGUGGGUGCAGCACUGACUUCAAAGUCAGCGUGCACUAUUAAAACCAAUAGCCUUUGGAGAGCAAAGCUUCUUCACAGAUGACAGAAACUGGAAAUCAACCACCUCCUGUGCAUUCCAAGAGAAACAAAACAAAAAAAAGUUGUACUGCGGUCAUGGGCACAUCCACUCCUUCCUUGUUAAGACUGCCAGCCAGGGACCACGUCCUUUAUUGUCACCAGGGGAAAACACAAGGCUGGUGAUAGUUGUUUAUUCUAUUCUAUUCUAGCCUAUCCUAUCCUAUCCUACAUGCACAGUAAAGAAGCUGGUUUUCUUCUUUCUACUAGUCCCUUAACCGAGUCCUAUGCAUAUAUUUUCUUAGUUUCCAAGACGUGAACCAGUGCCACACUAACACAAGGAAGUCGAGGGUGCCUGUACAGGUCUUUUAAUUUUUUUUUUUUUUUAUUAUUGACAACUCUGCACAUGUCUUGAGGCCACAUGAACAAAGGCUGAUGCAGACCCCAUAAUGAGUCACUGCCAAGUUCCAAAGGUCAAAGCCAAAUGCUGAGAACCCUGGACUAGGAGUGAGGGGUGUAGGUAUGUGGCACAACGUGCCCUGCCUGUACUGCACAGACUUGGGUUCUUCCCCAGCACUGCAAACAGGACAGGCACGGAAGUCGAGAAGGACAAGAAAAUAAGCGGAUUGUUGGCCAGGACUCCUUUCGAAUCUCCUGAUAUUGAGAUUCUGACAACUUAUUAAUGUAGACCUCAACCAAACGUGUCUUUGGAGGUGCUGUGGAGUUUCUGAUAUGUCCAACAAACAUGUAGUUGUGGUGUGAUGUGAGCUUCCCAGAGUACAUGAGUAUCUGACCUCUUCCUGGGUCUUGGCCAAGGUUGAGACUUGGAGACAAAACCGACUGGAGGAAGGCAAAGAGCUCCCCCUGUUCUCACACUGCUUUUCUCACCGUGUCAUCUCCUUUUUUGUCAGAAUCUACUUGGGUACCCCUCACCCCUCUGGAGUAAUCCUAUUCCUGGCAGCUCCCAAUUGCACUGGUGUCAAGGCAGCCAGUGUUUUACAAAUUGGAUGCUAUGUCCAUCACAUACGUUCUUAGUUAGGAACUCAAUAAACUUGAAGUCUUGGGCCCAAGUCCUUUUGAGCUACAAAAAUGGAGAAUGGUGGUCAUGAGCAGGGCCAGGACCUGACACCACCAGCAGUCCAGCAGGAACUGAGCUCUGCUCUAACACUCUCCUCAAAGCACCUGACCAGACCCAAGGGAACUCAUUUUACAACAUGCAUUUGCAUCUAGCUAUCUAUGACUGUCUUAUGCCAUACUAUGCAGAGCGACCCUGUCCCCAGAUGUCUGGAUCUUGGGGUGCCUACUGACUGUAUGCUACAGGGCUUGCUGGCUGCUCAACUUGCCUUCGAACUCCUGUGAUACCUCAGAGCUGGGGCUUUGCUCACCCUGGCGGUCAGGGCAGCUCAGACCCACAGUAUCUUGCUGUGAAUCCCUCUCUCCUCUCUUGGGCUGGGAAAUUUUUCUGUCAUGAAGAAUUUUUAAAUUGUUUCAUUUUGUAUGUUAUGCUUUUAAACCCUUAACUGUCUAUGUAGCAUUACCUUGUUGGUACAGAAAUACAUUGGCCUAACACAGGCAAAAGUAAACUGCAUUGUACUAUUAACCUGUUUUAAUAAACUUGAGCUUUGCUGCUAAA